AUGCAGCUCAAGAACGUCCUCCUGACUGCCACCCUGGCCCUCUCCGCCUCCGCAGCUGGCAACAAUACCACGGACAUCGCCCCCGUCAUCCAGAACCGCCUUGCUGCGCUGGAGCUCGGCUACCUGCACACCAACAUCCAGCUCGAGCAGCUGCGCGAUGGUGCCGAGGGCGUUGACGCAGAUGACGUGAUCGCCACCUACCUCAACACCGUGAAGAACGAGGACUCCGCCCUCGACAAGCCCCAGCCCUCCAAGGCGCUGCAGGAGAGCACUCAGUUGACGCUGUGCCAGGCGUUCCACUCGCUCACCGUCACCGGCCUCACCCUCGACAACGCCCUCUACAACAACGUCAACCAGUUCAACAGCACGCAGCGCGGCCAGAUCCUCCGCGGAUUGGGCAAGGUGUCUGACGAGACCUCGCGCUUCUACAGCAACGUUGCCAGUAAGGCUCUGCCUUACUGCGUUAAGACAGUUCAAACCGACGACAUGGCUCUUACUGAGUCGUUCAAGAUGGUUAAGGGGGCUUAUGCGUCUAACUAA